AUGGAGCCUGCCGAAUCGUCUUGCCACUGCCAGCCACGCUGCGUUCUGCGUGUGGUCCUUCCCAUGCUCAUGCUGGCUUGCUUAGGCAGAACCUACCUCGCUGACAGUCGUUUGUCGUGGAGCAUGGCUGUCGUCCGAGGAGAAAUGAAGCGGCUGGCGCCCAACCCACUAGUCACUUUGAUAGACCACGUGGCUGCCGAUGCUGGGUCCAGUGCGACCACAGACAUACCAGCCAUUGCCACUGAGCUAACGGCAGCUCAAUCCACCACAACAUACGAGAUCGUUUCGGCGGCGCAGGUCACGCCGCAACCUUCUCCCACAGCGACCUUGCCAUCAACAAACUCAACCUUCACUCAAACCACAAGCGCUCCACAUGCUUUCACGAGACUUGAGCCCAUGCCUUCGUUGUUUUACCUGGCUGACCAAGAGAACCUGCAGCGCAGCAAGGCAAAGUGCCCUCAAGAAGUUCGGGUCAGUGAAUGGAAUGGGCGGAUUGGCAACCAUUACUUUCAGGUGAGCCAGGCAAUAGUGGCCGCCCUUUUCUGUCACACUACGCAUGUCAGGUUCCCUCCGCACAUCAACACGCGUUAUCAGCAGCAGGAUGGCCUGUUGGACAUGCCUGAAGAGCUUACGCUGCCGGGUGUCGACCUCCAUGAAGACUUAAAAGUUCCCAGCAGCUGCCCACCGCAGCCAACUCAUAAAUGGUACCACCAGCACUGCCGGAUGGUCCCUGCCUGGCACCACCGGCAGGUGAUGCAGACUUUUCUACAGCCAUAUCUAGGCAAGACUCUUGUUGGCCUUGUGCACGCAUCGCGUGAUAUCGGGGCAGACCGUAUUCUGACAAUCCACCUGCGCGCCGACGAUAUUCGGCAGUAUAACAAGUACGAGUGGGGCCAGCCGCCAUGCAGCAUGUAUCAGAAAAUCAUUUCCGACUAUGGGUAUAAGACCCUGCUGAUUGUCGCAAAAAGCAAUCCUGUGACGAAGCGAUCGGAUGCUGCUUGUGACAGCUGGCUGGUGGACUAUGGGCGUUUACAUGGUAUAAACAUCACCCGGCCGAACGACAUGACAUUGGCUGGUGACUUGUCAGCCAUGAUUCGUGCUCAGAACUUUGUGCUGUCAUUCUCCAGCUUUUCCCUUUCCACUGUGCUGCUCAGCAACGAGAUAAAGGUCAUGUACCGCCGCCGCGAUGCGAAGUGGCACAGCAUCUUGCACUCCAUCAUCAACUGCAAUGUUUGGACCGGCGUGACGAUGUACGAGUACAAUACCAGCCUCCAGCAAGACAAUCGGAAAGGCUCGCCGAGCGAAUGGCUGAAAACCUUCCCCGUGGAGCAGAUCACUGGGCCGUUCACUUGCCAACACGGCAGUGACAUGAUGCCAGAGCUAUGA